UCUUGAAUCUCAAAACUUCAACUUACCCAUCUCAGAUUUUACCUCUCACUCCUCAAAUCUCAGGGCUUUUUAGAGUUUGGACCAAAAAAGCACCGAUCUUUGAGGAGGAGGAAGAAGAAGACUACUCAGAAAUGAAAAUGGGUUUCAGUUUCACAAUGGGUCUGAAUCUUCUUCUCCUGUUGGCUAUGGUGGCUACCAACAUACUCUCACUCUACCACCUCUCAUCCAACAUUCAACAACCAACUUCCAAGCCUUCUACCCCAACUCAACAGGUCCCUGAUUACCUCAUGCACCAGCUCCAAACCAUACGCGCCACCAUCAAUCACCUCACGCGCCACCACCCCGAACACUCCUCCACGGCGUCUGCGAACAAACCCACCUCCAUGCCUUCCGAUCUCCUUCUCUACUCUCAGCUCUCUCCCAUAGCUUCCUCUUGUCAUAACCACCCUGACCUCCUCUUCAAGUACAUGAACUACACCCCUUUCUCUCUCUGUCCUCCUGGAUCGGACGACGUCGUUGAGGCCCUCAUCCUCCGUGGCUGCCACCCUCUUCCACGCCGCCGUUGCUUCUCUAAAACCCCACCAAAACCCUCUUCCUCUUCACUCCCGCACGAUCCUUUUCCGGCUAAGCUCCUAGACGACGUCGUUAUGUGGAGCAAGUACUCUUCUUGUAAGAGCUUCGAUUGCUUGAGCAGGCUGAAUCCCAACAUGGGUUUCGAUAUGAACAGUGAAGUUUCAAACUUUUUGAGCUACAAGUCCGAGUUGGACCUCCCGGUUCCUCAGCUGCUUCAGAUCGCUAAGGCUGCUAACUCGGUCCUCCGACUCGGGCUGGACAUAGGUGGCGGAACAGGCACCUUUGCAGCCAGAAUGAAGCUCCACAACAUCACUGUUCUGACCACUACAUUGAAUGUUGCGGCGCCUUACACUGAGGCUGUGGCACUGAGAGGGCUGGUGCCACUCCAUGUGCCGCUGCAGCAGCGGUUGCCUGUGUUCGAUGGGGUUGUGGACAUUGUGCGGUGUGGCCGAGCUGUGAACAGGUGGAUUCCGGCUGCCACACUUGAAUUCUUGUUGUUUGAUGUGGAUAGAGUGUUGAGGAGUGGAGGGUACUUGUGGUUGGAUCACUUCUUUAGUAAAGGAGUGGAUCUUGACAAGGUUUAUGCGCCAUUGAUUGGGAAAUUGGGUUACAGAAAAGUGAAAUGGGCCACUGCAAGUAAGACUGAUUCAUCUGGUUUGAAGAAUGGAGAGGUUUACUUGACUGCUCUGCUUCAAAAGCCUAUUCCCAAAUGAGAUUUUUUGAGGAAAACUUUAUAAAAAGGAUUACUUUUGUUCCAAGAUUUAAAGACCUUCUCUUCUCUCACUCUUAGAAGAUGGAUGAGGCUUUGAAAUGGAGUAAGAAAACAACAUAUUUAUUUCCACUGAAGUGGGUUAUAUUUUUUAAUUGGUUAUUAAGGUAGGGGCAAUUGUGGAAUAGUAGAUAAACAUAGUGGGAUAAAAGGUGAACCAAAAGAUCCAUGUGAAGAAAAAAAAAAAAAAGCUUAGCUGAAGACUGAAGUGAUAAUCUUUUGUUGGCAUCUUGACUGUUUGUAAGAUAAAGUUAUUCCUUUAAUUUUUUUUAGAAAUAAAGAAUAUGGAGAAUAUUGUGAAAAAAGCAAUGCUUUUAUUGAGACAAUUCUUAGCAGGAAAAUGGUAAAGAGGCAAAGGAACAAAGUGUGAGAUAUUUCAUUGCUAAAAGCUUUGAAUCCAUUUUAGAAAAGCUGGGUUGAAAAAGUAAAGGAAAAACUCAAUAAAUGUCUUACUUCCCAUGCUAAUUGCCAAGUC